CUGCCGAGCUCACACUCAUCAGUGGCACCGUACUUUAGUUUAAAGGACGCUCUUACAAAAAAAAAAAAAAAAAAAACAACAACUCCACUCUUGGCUUGGGGUGGCAAUGACAGGAAGUUAAUCGUAUAGCAACAGCGAAUCGCAGAUUAUUACCCUUGGGUUGGCUGAUUGCUAACUGGUUAGCUCACGCGCCACAUCAGCGAAGACGUUGUGUGGAUAAGAUAAGCGUGGCGUGAAGAAGAAGCAGAAGAAGAAGACGCAGAAGCAGCAUCAACAGCGCGUAUGUGUAUGCGCGGGGGGAGCUGGCCUUCAAUAGACCCCGCGACGACGAGCUGGAGAGCUUCCACACCCCCCCACGUUCGUCUCUUUCCCGGUGCAGCAUCCCGUCGAGAUGGACAACCUGAGUGACGCCUUGGCGAAACUUAAACUGGCGUCGACAGACAGCGCCUCGGACAGCGUGGAUGGCUGUCUGGACUGUCUGCUGAAAGCUCUGCUCAACAACACCACGGAGGCCAGUGUGAAGGUCCAGGAGAUGGGCGUUCUACCCCUGCUCGCCACUCUGCUCAGCCCCCAGUCAUCCUGCGCACCCAGAGUUGCCAAUAUCAUCGCAGAGGUGGCCAAAAAUGAGUUCAUGCGAACUCCCUGUGUGGAAGCUGGCCUCAUCCCUCCACUCAUUCAGCUGUUGAACUCCACCGAUCAGGAGAUUCUACUGCAGACGGGCCGGGCUCUUGGCAACAUCUGUUAUGACAGCCAUGAGGGCAGGAGUGCAGUUGACCUGGCAGGAGGGGCUCAGAUAGUAGCUGAACACAUUAAAACCCUCUCCCAAAAUACAGAGCCGGAAAAUGAGAAGCUCUUGACAGUCUUUUGUGGCAUGCUGAUGAACUAUAGCAAUGAUAAUGAUUCCCUACAAGGCCAGCUGAUCAGCAUGGGCGUGAUCCCCACUCUGGUGAAGCUGCUCGGCAUCCAUUCCCACAACGCCGCCCUGACGGAAAUGUGUCUCAUCGCCUUUGGGAAUUUAGCUGAGCUCGAGUCGAGCAAGGAGCAGUUUGCCUCCACCAACAUCGCCGAGGAACUGGUGCGCCUUUUCCAGAAACAAGUGGAGCAUGAAAAGAGAGAAAUGAUAUUUGAGGUCCUGGCUCCUCUCGCAGAAAAUGAUGUGAUCAAAUUGCAGAUGGUGGAGGCGGGCUUGGUGGAAUGUCUCCUGGAGGUGGUGGGCCAGACUGUAGACGGCAAGCGGGAAGAGGAUGUUGCCCAGCUGAAGACAGCUUCUGACCUGAUGGUGCUCCUGCUUCUCGGAGAUGAGUCCAUGCAGAAGCUGUUUGAGGGAGGGAAGGGCAGUGUCUUCCAGAGGGUGCUUUCCUGGAUCCCAUCGCACAACCACCAGUUGCAACUGGCUGGUGCGCUUGCCAUUGCUAAUUUUGCCCGCAAUGAUGGCAAUUGCAUCCACAUGGUGGACACUGGUAUCGUGGAGAUGCUUUUGGAGCUGUUGGAUCGGCACAUCGACGAAGGCAAUGUCACAGUUCAACACGCAGCUCUCAGUGCUCUUCGGAACCUGGCCAUACCCGUUGUGAACAAAUCCAAGAUGCUGUCAGCUGGAGUUGCAGAUGUGGUGUUGAAGUUCUUGCAGUCUGAGAUGCCGCCUGUCCAGUUUAAGCUUCUGGGGACCUUACGUAUGCUCAUUGACACACAAGUGGAAGCAGCGGACCAGCUUGGCACCAACGGGAAACUGGUGGAGCGGCUGGUGGAGUGGUGCGAAGCCAAAGAUCACGCUGGGGUGAUGGGCGAGUCCAACAGGCUUCUUUCCGCUCUCAUCCGACACAGCAAGAGCAAGGAUGUUGUUAGAACAGUCAUCCAGGGAGGAGGAGUCAAGCACUUAGUCACCAUGGCAACCAGUGAGCACAUGAUCAUGCAGAAUGAAGCACUGGUGGCGCUGGGCCUCAUUGCGGCGCUCGAUUUGGUUGCAGCGGAGAAGGACUUUGAAGGAGCCAACCUCGUUGCUGUGCUUCAUAAGCUGUUGUCGGAUGAGAGGAGCGCGCCAGAGAUUAAAUACAACUCCAUGAUCCUCAUCUGUGCUGUCAUGGGCUCCGAGCCCCUCCACAAAGAAGUCCAAAGCCGGGCGUUCAUCGACGUGGUGUCCAAGCUUCGUUCGCACGAAAACAAGACGGUGUCCCACCAGGCGUCGCUCACGGAGCAGAGGCUAACCGCUCAGAGCUAAGUGGCCCGGAUUCGCCGUCAACACACCCUCCUCUCACAAUCCCCAGCCACCGCACCCAAACGCCCGAUGAAUGCGCUACCCCUUGUACUGUAAGCCCAUCGUCAUGUGCCAAGGUACCAUGUUGCAUUAACUGCCACACAGACAUCCUCUUGACUCGUGCUAAGGACAGACUGAUUUAUGUCACGUAUGAAUAUGUUAUUACACUUGCCACCACAUAAGCCACAAAAGCCAUUCUAAUGAGAUUUUUUUUAAGGUUAAGGUAGCAGAUUACGACGCGUCAGUCUUUCCUCAGUCCUACAAUUUGUACAUGUUAGUGCUGUCACAGUCACAAAAUUCUGACUUUGAAACCACGUGCAUAAAGGACGGCAUAAAUCUAAAACGUCAGUAGAAGCAGUAGAAUCGUGGAUUAAAAAAACGAGUACUGUACUUCAAAAUAAAAUUGGGCAGCGUACAUGUAAUGAUUAAAUAUCAAAUUUAUUUUCAUGCCAUGAUAUACGGUCGUGUAACAGUAGAUAAUUUUUUAAAAUUUGAUCAGAAAUACGCUGGAUAUGUUGCAGGAAAGACUAUUGAACAGCUGGACGCAAGAAACCCUUUUAUUCUUUUUAUGUAAUCAUCUCUUUUUAGUAAAUAUUUGGUUUUUAGAAAUACCCAGCAUGCCACACACCAUACACCACUCUCAAAGCGUUACAAAUAUUUGAUAUAUGCAUUCAAAGCUGAGAAGUCAAAUUCAUUAUUUUCAGUUUAUCUAGAAAUUUCACCCACUUCCCCUGAUUUGUUUUUUUUGUGUGAGAGGUUUAUUUGACCCGCGCACGGGACAUUACGCACGCUCAUCGACACAGGUAGGUUUCCCACCCCUGCUCUAAAUAGGCUGAUUCCUCCAGUCGUAUCCACCUUUAUUUGAUUUGUUGAGUUUUGAGUCUUAUGUGUAUUUUGUUUCUUUUUUUGUUUUGUUUUAUUUAUGUUGAUCAUUACGUGUUCCAUCUGCUGACAUUGGGUCGACAGAUUUAUGGAGAAAGUCAGAACAAAAGAACGGAGGCACCUUUCAUGAGUCAUGUCUCAUUCACUAAGAAAAUGACUCACAGAUCGGCUUUUUGUUUACUUAUCUGUGGCGGGGAUCCUUUUCCACAGAACCCAGCCAAGGCAGGAUAUUUAAAUUCGGUAGGCAUGUUCAUCAUGGGUAGAACCACAAAACAUCUCAAAAGCCCCUGCCUGAAAAUAAAUAGGAAGUCAGCCAUUUUGGCUUGAAGCAGCCAUUUGAGGGUCUUUUUGGGCCAUUUCUAGGAGUUUUCCAGGACUUUUGCUUGAUUGUUACGCAUAUUAGACCAAAUUGCAACUCAUUCGUGUUUUCAUCAUUGCCUGUGGGAACAGUCGGCUUUACAGAUGAGUCCCCCCCACCCCCUGCCUGUGAAUUGUCGAAUACCUGUUGAUAUAUUAUGAGGUUACUCAUUGGGAGCACGAAAGGGGAAAAUAUUUUUUUGUUUACACUUUCAGCAGUGAAUAAAAGCGCAGCUAGCGUCGGUAAUUCAACGCACAUCAGUGAAGACAUGCAUGAGCCGGCACCCCAACGAAUCUCUGAAGAUUGCUUUAUCAUAUACAUCAUAUACAUCGUAUAUACUGUAAAUCUUGGCAUGUCCCAAUCGAUGACAAAUGUUACCAUAUCAUUGUUGCUGUUUUUUAAAAAAACAAGUUUGAAUGGUUAUUUAUCAGAUCUGUGCUCUUAAUGAGUCGUAUCCAUAGCAACAGCAUAAAAGUACUAUAUGCGUAAAUGUUUGUUGUAAAUGUCAAAAACGUUGUACAUUUGGAAGAUUGUAACAAGAUAAUUAAAAGAUGAUAGGUAGCGGG